CAUGCGGACAUUUAAUUCCCGGCCCUAGCCUGCGGGUUCACUCCAUUGCAGCCAGGAUGGAUGAUGCAGAUGCAUUGGCCCCACGCGGCGGGAGGGCGCGGAGUGCAUGUGACCUGUGCCGCCAUAAAAAGAUCCGCUGUGAUGGAGAGAAACCUGCGUGUGAGAAUUGCCAUUUUGCAGGUGUCGUCUGCACCUUUACCUUUACGGGGCAACCCCGGAAGACCAUUCGAGAGCAGCUCUCCGAGGCCAAGGCUCGCGUGCGUGAGUUAGAAGAAUUCAUUGCUGCUCGAGACCUCUCGCUAUCGAGCUCUCCCCUCCGCGACGAGCUGCAGUCGCACGUCUCUUCCUCGCCAUGUCCGCCGCUGUCACUCAGCUCGGCGCCUUCCCACCCUCAGGAUUCGUCCGUCUUUGACACGGCCCUGGAGAUCUUCCAGCAGCAUUUGGAAUGGUCGUGGCCUGGUGUGGCCCAUUCCCCUCAGCGGUCCUCCUUUUACGCCACCAUCUAUCGACAGACGGGCACCAUCCUUGACAUGUCCGGCUUCUGGGCACGCGUGAGCGACUCGUACAAGUCGCAGUAUCCCGCCACUCAGCCGAAAACUACCUCCCCCAAGUGGCCCAGCUACCAGCUCGUUCAGCAGUGUCUCAACUACUACUCGGCCAAUGGUCUAUACGCCGUCUUUCCCAUCAUUGAUGUCGCCGCCGCUCAAGCCAUCAUCACCGAUCAUGUCUCUGGCCGCGCCGAUGCCCGUCCCCUUGCCGAAAAGGCCUGUCUCUUUGCCUUGACGGCUUUUGUCACCAAACUCCAUCAUCACCAGCCCAUGUUCGCCGACACCGACUCGGAUGGCUACGUGCAGGCGGUAUUGACCCUUGUGCCCAAGCUCAUGCUCGAGCCAAACGACGUGCGCAAACUCGAAGCAUUCCUCAUCAUAGCCCUCCACAUUGCCCCGGCCGGCAAACCCGAACAAUCCCAACUGUUUCUCUCCAUGGCCAUCCGCAUCCUUUACCACCUCGGCGCCCACCGCAAAUCGCCCCUCAUCCCCAAUGACGAAUCCCACACUCACCUCCGCGCCAUGUUCUGGCUCUGCUACACCAUGGACAAAGAAAUGUCCAUCCGCUCCUGUCUGCCUCCUCUGCUUCAAGAUGUCGAUUGCGACCUCAACUUCCCCCCAACCUAUGUUGAAUCCUUCGACCUUCAGUUCCUUCCUACCACGCCAUCCACUCCCCACCUUCUCCUCCCCACUGAUAUCCGGGUCGCCAUGCUCAAAUCCAAAGUCUACCACGGCCUUUAUUCUUGCCAAGCUCAGAAAUUUCCCGAGGCUCGUCGCCUCGAACACAUCCGCCAAUUGGACCAGGAACUCAGCGACUUGAAAGCCAGCUUUCCGGUGGGAUUCCGUCCGGACUCGUACAGUCCGGGCGGUACAGAAAGGAGCCACAGCCCUGUCAACGUUCAUAACCUCGGUCUUCGGGGGAUUAACAUCCACCUGGAGUAUUAUUAUUGUUUGCGUAAACUGCACGAGGCAAGCUUCACCGGCAGCUUGUCAAUGCCGUUGCCAUCGAGUUUGGAACUGUACUAUCAGGCAUCGAGGUCGACACUGUUGUAUUAUCUUCGUGCGAGUGGCCUAGUUGAUAGGUUUAGUUUUUGGAUCCACGCUCAAUUCAUCCUCUCCUCUAUCCUUUCCCUCUUCUGGUGUCUCAUUGACGUUCCCACCGCAUCAACCUUUAGCAGAGAUCUCCGCAUCUUGCAAGAUACAAAGGACCUCUUUGCUUCAUUUCAGGGGAAUAUGAACGGACAUACUCAUACCUCGGAUGAACAGUUUUUUCCACCAGCGUAUAUCAUGCACGAGUUUCUGGAAUUGUUAAUCUCGUUGGCGAGACAGGUGUUAGCGAGGACAAAGGAUGGAUGAGACCACUACUUCAAUCCAGAGUAAUUACUUGUUUCUAUGUGUUGUCAUGUUCAUUGUAUAUAAAUAUACUACAUAUUUUUCUUGUUUAGCAUGCAUGCAUUACUAUAGCCUGAUUAGAGAAUGGAGAGUGAGAACACCACACUCACCCAUUCAUUCAUUCAUUCUGCGGUGUGAUUCCUACCUCAUCAACAAAAAAGACGC